AGCCAAUAUCCCAUCUACUCCCCCACGUAGUAGUGCUAGGAUCCUUGGGGAGAAGGACCCGUUGAUCAAUAGCAAGGAAAUCACAUUUGGUGCGGCAAUGGGUGUAUGUUCCGGCUAUCUUUUCAAGAAGCUGGAAUACCGGCAAUCACGUGCAUCCUUAAUCCCAUCAAGUCAUCCUCAGAGACACGCGCUUUCCUUCAGUCGCAUGCAUCUCACCAUGAGCAAGUCAAUCAACUCAAACUUCAUCACACCCAAAGACAUUCCUACUCUACAAGAGUGUUAUAAGGAAUAUCCAAAACCUACUCAAGAGCCGGACAAUGCCCCCGAUCUGAUAAUCAGUCGCCUUUUGUCUCUUUGGCAAGGUGAUAUGACAACGCUCAAGAUCGAUGCCAUUGUGAACGCGGCGAAUGAAAGUCUUUUAGGUGGAGGAGGAAUCGAUGGGGCUAUCCAUCGAGCUGCUGGAAGAGAGCUCUUGGCCGAGUGUCAAACUCUUGGUGGAUGCAAAACAGGAAGCGCAAAGAUCACAAAGGGUUACAGAUUGCCAUCGCGUCAUGUAAUUCACACAGUUGGGCCUAUAGGCGAAAAGCCAGAUCUAUUGGCAAGCUGCUACAGGAACGUACUAGAUGUCGUGCGUGAGAAUCAAUUAAAGACAGUGGCAUUUUGCUGCGUGUCGACUGGUGUUUAUGGAUAUGAUAAUACCAAAGCUGCACAUGUUGCACUCCGUACAGUUGGGGAUUGGCUUCGAGAGAACUAUGACUAUACAAAGCAGAUGGAGCGAGUUAUUUUCUGCACAUUCCUGGACAAGGACCAGCAGAUCUACAAAAAGCUCUUACCAAUCUACUUUCCCGAGCCUCAGCCAGAUACUACAAACCAAGAUCCUGAAGUGAACUGAUUCUCUCUCUCUCC